UGGUCUCCUCUCGACGUGUUGAUGGUCGACCCGAGCGUCCGCGCCGAGCUGUAGUCCACCGGGAACCCGACGGUAACGGGAGUGUGUCCGCCAUGGCUCAGCAGAGAGGAGUCAACAGCCUGCAGUUCAACCAGGACCAGAGCUGUUUCUGCUGCGCGAUGGAGACCGGGGUCAGGAUUUAUAACGUGGAGCCGCUGAUGGAGAAAGGCCACCUGGACCAUGAGCAGGUGGGCAGCGUGGCCUCGUGCUCGAUGCUGCAUCGAUCCAACCUGCUGGCCGUCGUCGGAGGAGGAGUCAACCCCAAAUUCUCUGAAAUAUCUGUGCUGGUGUGGGACGACGCUCGAGAGUCACGAGACCCCAAAGACAAACUGGUUCUGGAGUUCACCUUCACCAAACCGGUUCUAGCUGUCCGCAUGAGACACGACAAGAUCAUCAUCGUGCUGAAGAACAGGAUUUAUGUUUACAGUUUUCCAGAUAAUCCGGUCAAACUGUUCGAGUUUGACACCAGAGACAACCCCAAAGGCCUGUGUGAUUUAUGUCCCAGUCUGGAGAAGCAGCUGCUGGUGUUUCCGGGUCAUAAAUGCGGCAGCCUGCAGCUGGUCGACUUGUCCAACACCAAGCCGGGGACGUCGUCCGCCCCGUUCACCAUCAACGCCCACCAGAGCGAGAUCGCCUGCGUGGCGCUCAACCAGCCCGGCAGCGUGGCGGCGUCCGCUUCUCGUAAAGGAACGCUCAUCCGCCUGUUCGAUACCACGACCAGAGACAAACUGGUGGAGCUGCGCCGAGGCACCGACCCCGCCACCCUCUACUGCAUCAACUUCAGCCACGACUCGUCCUUCCUGUGCGCCUCCAGCGAUAAAGGCACCGUUCACAUCUUCGCCCUCAAAGACACCAAACUGAACCGCCGCUCUGCGCUGGCGCGUGUGGGGAAGGUGGGCCCUGUGAUUGGUCAGUACGUGGACAGCCAGUGGUCAUUGGCCAGUUUCACCGUGCCGGCCGAGUGCGCCUGUAUCUGCGCUUUCGGAAAGAACACGUCCAAGAACGUCAACUCCGUCAUCGGUGAGGACACGCGUCAAAAUACACACGAUGUCUUAACUGUGCUUUAA